AUGUCUCCUUCCGCAACUGGACAUCAAGGCAACGGCACCCAAGUCCUUGGUGAUUCCAAUGGCACCGGCGCAGAGCCGAUGGCUAUCAUCGGCCUGGCCAUCCGUGCCGCUGACGAGGCCACAGAGGCCGAAGCAUUCUGGGACUUUCUGUUGAGAGCUCGACAGGCCAGUCGCCCGAUCCCAGAAGACAGAAUCAGUGCCAAGGCAUUCUAUCACCCAGACCCAGAUCAUGGGGGCACAUUCUAUGCCAAGGGUGCUUCCCUUCUUGGAGAGAGCCCCAAUGGCUUUGAUUCAGCAUUUUUCAAAAUGAGCAAAACGGAAGUGCAAAGUCUUGAUCCUCAACAACGUAUCCUGAUGGAAAACGUAUACCAUGCGUUGGAAAAUGCUGGUGUUCCAAUGGAGGAAGUGAUUUCCUCAAACACUUCGGUCUUUGUCAGUGGCUUCAACCGGCAUCACGCAGAUCGCAUCAACAGUGACUUGGAGCUUUCAUUUAAGCACAAGCCUACCGGUGCUGAAAACUCAAUGAUUUCCGGAAGAGUCAGCUGGUUCUACAACUUGCAAGGAGCCAGUCUCACUGUCGACACAGCUUGCUCCAGUAGUCUUGUUGCUCUUCACUUGGCAAGACAAAACCUUGCCGCACGAGAAAGUGAAAUGGCCAUUGUCAGCGGCGUGAGCGUAAUGGGCUUUUUGCCUCAUUUGAUGUCCAUGUCAUACUCAGGCCUCUUUGGCGCAGAGGGAAAGUCAAUGGCAUUUGACGAGCGCGCUGACGGAUACGGAUUCGGAGAAGGUGUCGGAACCGUCAUCCUCAAGCCCAUUUCCGCUGCCGUGCGUGACGGCGACACUAUCCGAGCAGUCAUCCGCAGCACUGGCAUCAACCAUGAUGGCCACACUCCAGGCCUCACAUUCCCUAGUCCCACAGCACAGGAGUCAUUAAUUCGCCAAACCUACAAGUCAGCUGGACUGCAACUCAAGGACACAACAUAUGCUGAGAGCCACGGAACUGGAACUCAAGCAGGCGAUUUGAUUGAAUGUACAGCCAUUGCAGCUGCAUUCGAUACGCAAAACCGAGACUCACCCUUUUGGAUUGGCGCGGUGAAGCCCAAUGUCGGUCAUCUCGAAGGUGCUGCUGGUAUUGCCGGUGUCAUCAAGUCUGUUCUACUCUUGGAGUCUGGUAUCAUACCCCCAAAUGCGACAUUGAAAGAUGUCAACCCAAAGAUCCCUGCGGACUGGAAUGUUCGCUUCCCCACAAAAUGCAUGCCCUGGCCUACCUCUACCGUCCGAAGAUCAUCCAUCAGCGCCUAUGGAAUCAGUGGAACAAACGCACACGCCAUUCUGGAUGACGCAUACCACUUCCUUCAAGAACGUGGUGUCUCUGCGCCUCACCGGACUCGAAAAAUCGUUCCAACCCAACAAGAGAUUGAAAAUCUUGUUGCACACGUCACCCAAAAAUACACAACUGAAACUGAACGUCACAAUGAACACAAAGCUUUGACAAAUGGCCAUGAUGAUGCUAGUGCAACAGAAAUCCAGGCCACAAACGGCGCUAAUGGUGCCAACGGCACAACUGGCGUAAAUGGCACCCAUACAGUCAAUGGCACAAACGGUGUCAACGGUAUCAACGGUACACAAAAGAUCAACGGCACAAACGGCAUUAAUGGAACACAUGGCCUGAAUGGCAGGCAUGACGUCAACGGCACGAACGGUGUCAACGGCGCGAACGGUAUCAACGGCGCAAAAGGUGUCAACGGCGCAAAUGGUGUCAACGGCGCAAAUGGUGUCAACGGCGCAAAUGGUGUCAACGGCGCAAAUGGUGUCAACGGCGCAAAUGGUGUCAACGGCGCAAAUGGUGUCAACGGCGCAAAUGGUGUCAACGGCGCAAAUGGUGUCGAAUAUCAAGAUGAAAGCUCCCAAGUUCCAAAAAUCCUGCUUCUCUCGGCCUUUGACGAGAAAACAUUAAAGAAUGUGGUUUCAGGCGUGAGAGACCACGUCGCCGGCUGGCCUCGACAAUCUCACGAUCUCAACGCCAAAGCAUUGAAUGACCUCGCCUAUACGCUUUCCGAAAAAAGAUCUCGAUUGCCCUGGAAGAGCUUUGGUGUGUGCAGCUCUGCCCAAGAAGUCCAAGAAAAGCUUGCACAAUUUCCCUCAAAGCCGGUCAAGUCCAGAACGCCCUUGAGGAUUGGCUUUGUUCUCACUGGACAGGGUGCCCAGUAUGCAAAGAUGGGAGAGCAGCUGCUUAUUUAUCCUGUCUUCAGACAGUCGAUGGAAGCAGCAGACGCAUAUUUCAGAUCUCUGGGCAGUGAUUGGUCUCUGAUUGAAGAGCUCGGUCGUGAUGCCAAGGACUCCAAGGUGUCGACAUCUGCAUUGGCGCACCCUAUGUCUUGCGCGGUCCAAGUCGCAUUGAUUGACCUCUUCAUCAGCUGGAACCUGAUCCCUCAUCGUGUGACGGGUCAUUCUUCCGGGGAGAUCGGAGCUGCCUAUUGUGCCGGCAAGAUCUCACGAGAGGCAGCCUGGAAAGUGAGUUAUUACCGAGGAUCUGUUCAUCUCCGGGGCAAGUCACACGCCGUUGGGGGUAUGAUUGCAGUUGGACUUGAAGAAGAGCCUUUGCUUCUUUUUCUCAAGAAAGUCCAUGCAAAGAUGCCUGGAGGCACUCUAUCGAUCGCAUGCUAUAACAGCCCCCGCAAUCACACAGUCUCCGGUGAUGAUGCAAUGGUUGUUGCUUUGAAAGAAAUUCUCGAUGAGCAAGGAAUCUUUGCACGAAAGCUGAAGGUCGGUCAUGCUGCUCACUCUGCCCACAUGGAGGCUCUCUCAGAUGACUACAUGGCUUUGAUGGGAGUCUUGCCAUCGAAGCGGCUGUUACGCUUUGGUCACACUGUGCACAUGUUCUCGACGCUCACCGGCUGCCUCCUUGACGAUACUUGUGUCCCCGAAAAGGGGUCUCACUGGUGUGACAGCAUCGUUGGCCCUGUGAGGUUUACAAAAGCGGUCAGAUCCAUGUGCUUCGAUGAAGUCGGGGGUGAUGGCCUCUCGGGGCGCGGCGCAUGUGUGGACGUGAUCUUGGAAGUAGGACCUCACCCCGCCAUGCAGAGUGCAGCAAAGGAUAUCAUCGGCUCAUCUGCCGACAUUCCAUACCUUGCUACUCUCACUCGAAAGGACAACGGCCUGAACACUCUGCUUCAGACCAUUGGACAGCUGGCCGCCCUUGGUGCCAAUGUUGACUUGGACAAGGUUAAUCGAGCAGCCGACCCCCUCAUUAAUCCCACUAUGAGUGUCAACUUGCCGAGCUACCCAUUCAACCAUGAGGAACAAGGGCUGUAUGAGAGUCGUGUGAUCAAAAAUACGCGUCUUCGCAAGUUCCCCCGACAUGACUUGUUUGGAGCCCCCGUUGCCGACUGGAACCCCAAUAGUCCGCGCUGGCGACACUUCCUUCGCGUUUCUGAGAACCCGUGGCUCAAGGAGCAUGUGGUUGGCGGCGAUUAUGUUUUCCCUGGUGCUGGCUACGUCGUGAUGGCGUUGGAGGCCAUGAAACAGAUCAGCGACGAUGUUGACCUUCUUGGCAUGAAACUGCAAGACAUUGUCUUCAAGUCGAUGUUGGUCGUUCCAGACACAACGAGGGGUAUUGAAGUUUGCCUUUCGUUCUACCCCGAGGCGGACUCCAAAACCACGCUUUCAAACUCCUGGAAGAGAUUCGAAGUUGCCUCUUAUGAUGAGGUUACCGAAGAAUGGGUCGAGCAUUGCACCGGUAAAAUUGCAGCGGACUACAAGGCCCCCGUCAAUCCCAUUGAUACUGCUCGCCAAGAGGUUGUUGAGAAAGCCAAGUGGUUGAAAUUCGUGGAAGCCAGGGAGGGCGAGUGCAAGGAUCCGAUUGAUUUUGCUCCGCUCUGGGCGCAUCUCCGGGAUAUUGAUAUCAACCAUGGUGAAUCCUUCCGGAGAAUGUUCAAUUCCAAGAUCAGUGGUCGUGACGAUGGUUUGAUGACGGGUGACAUUGUCGUCCCUGAUAUCAAGCGAUGGAUGCCGAAGGAGUAUGCUCAUGAUCAUCUCAUCCAUCCAACCACUCUCGACAACGCGUUCCAAGCAGCCUUUGCCGCAAUCUUUGAUCUGAAGGGCAAGAACAUGUUGAGCCGUGGCUGCGUUCCAAGCUCGGUUCGAGAGAUGUGGGUUUCGACGACGGACCUAUCAUCCGCUGCCAACACCACACUGCGUUGCACAUGCGAAGCCUCUCCUGGUCUUCACGACAGCUUCGAAAUUGACAUCCAUUCAUGGAAGCCUUCGGAUGUCAAUACGAAGUUGUUUUCGUUGACUGGGGCCAAGAUGGCACCAUUCAAGCCAGAGAGCAGGAAUGAGAGUGCUAGUGACGAGAAGGCCUCCUACUCCAUUGAUUGGCACCCUGACCUGGGCUUGUUGACCCAAGAUGACAUCUGGAAACUCGUGCCAUCUUCUUUGAACACUGCCGUUAGCUACCAGGCUCAAUUGGAAUUGUUGAGCAAGCUUCAACUAGCCUCGACUCUGUUGGCGACAGAUGGUCUCCUGGCUAUUCGAGGCCUCGAUGAAUCUGCAUUGGAACCUCACCACAAGAAGUAUCAGAAUCUACUUCGAGGUAUUGCCGCAAACAUCUCGAUUGAUUCGGUUCCAUAUGUGCCAUUGGAGAAAUGGCUGAACUAUUCCCGCAAUCCUGGCCUGAAAAAGCAACUUUAUCGCGAGGUUGAAACUCAAACCCUUGAUGGACAAGUGCUGAUCAGAAUGGGUUCUCAAAUAUCGGCCAUUUUGAAAAAGGAUGUCACGCCUGAACAUCUUCUGUUUGAAAUGGACAACCUCUUUUACGAUUGGGAUGACACCAAUCUGUCGCGAGGCAACAUUUCACCUGUGCUUGAUCAGUACCUCGACACUCUGCGCCGCAGCUACCGCAGUUUGCGCAUUCUCGACGUUUCUGGUCGUACAGGGGACUUGGCUGAGCGAGUUCUGAAGAGCUUGUGUCAAGAUAACGACCCAUCGCGCGUCGAGAAAUACGUGAUCGGAUCCGUGUUUGGUGGUGGCUCAAACCCACUCAAGGAGCGUCUUGCUGGAUGGAAGGGCACCGUGACUUACAAAGCCCUUGACCUGGGAACCGACCCCAUUGAGCAAGGCUUCGAGCGGGACUCUUUUGACUUGAUCAUUGCCAACAACUUUGUUCACACAGAGCCAGACAUGAAGGUAGUCUUCGAGCGAUUGAACUCCUUGGUCGUUCCAGGUGGGCGACUGCUUGCCUUCGAUGAAACCCGACCGGAGUCACUUCACGCCAAUGUUGCUUUCGGCAGCUUGCCUGUUUGGUGGAAGGCAACUGAGUCCUUCCGAAGAGAUGGGCUCUUUGCCGCGAAGAGCGUAUACGACAGACUUUUGCGGGAGACUGGGUUCUCAGGUAUCGAUCUCGACGCCUCAAGCUCUUCCUACGCGGAAUUCGCCGACUACACCAUGAUGGCGUCCACUGCAGUCAAGCAGUCGUCACAGGCCGCUGCCCCGGUCUUGGAUGUUCUCGUCAUUAUCCAAUCUGAAUCUGAAACAUCUCGCUUGUUCACCAAAAGGCUCAGUGAUGCAGGUGUCAAGCAUUCGGUUCGCAAGCUCGACGAGGUUGACACAGGCAGCGUUGCGGAAAAGACUUGCGUCUCCUUCCUGGAGGCCGACCGGCCGGUCCUCAACAAUGUGGAUGCCAACACAUUCGCCAAGAUUCGGGACUUGCUUGUUUCGUGCAGCUCACUGCUCUGGGUGAUGGGAGACCCCCUGGCGCAGCCAGAAUUCCAAAUGGCACCAGGCUUGUUACGCACCAUUCGCUGGGAACAGGAUCGUGAGAAUCUGAACCUGGUCAGUUUGUCUCUGGACGGCGAGGCGACCGCUACCGCGGAGAAGAAUUUGGAUGCGAUUUUCCGGGUCUUCACACACCAGUUCCUCACUGGUCCUAAGAACACCAAUGCCGAGUAUCGCGUUCGGAACCAAGUGAUUGAAACAAACCAUCUUGUCAAGAACACAGACGCGAACACAGCGAUUGAUGCAAAGCUGCUGCGGCCAAAGCCAACUCUUACCAAAUGGGACCAGAUUGGGCGAGCUGUGCGACUGACUAGUCCUCACCCGGGCGUUGAUAGCCUUGUAUGGAACACUGAUGAGAAUUACAUCGACCAGCCAAUGGCAGACAAUGAAAUUGAGGUGGAUGUCCGUGCUGUCGGACUCAAUUUCAAGGAUCUGUUGGUGGCUAUGGGAGAAAUCGCCCAGCCAGGUUUCGGGCACGAGGCAGCUGGUAUUGUGCAGAAUGUUGGAUCAUCUGUCAAGGGCCUGAAGGCUGGAGAUCGAGUCAUGUGUCUGGGAGACCCAUCUCCUGGUCGAAUGGGCACACUGCGCACCUACAGUCGCAUCCAUUCGGAUCUGGCUAUCAAGAUUCCUGAUAAUCUCGGCUUCGAAAUCGCUGCAGGACUGCCAGUCAUCUAUGGAACAGUCAUCUAUUCCUUGGGUCACAUUGCUCGCAUUCGCCCCGGUGACAAAAUCCUGAUUCAUGCUGCCGCUGGUGGUAUUGGCCAAGCUGCAAUUCAAUACGCAAAGGUUAAGGGGGCCGAGAUCUUUGUGACUUUGUCAAGCAUUAAGAAGAAAGACUUCAUAAUGGAGACUUUCGGAAUUCCUGAAAGCCACAUCUUCUCCAGUCGUGACUUGAGCUUCUCGCGGGGAAUCAAGAAUAUUUCCCCAGGCGGUGUCGAUAUCGUUCUCAACUCACUGAGCGGCGAGGCACUCAGGGAAUCUUGGGCUUGCGUCGCACCGUUCGGUCGGUUCAUCGAGAUUGGAAAACUCGAUCUCCAAGCCGGAUCAAAGCUUGAUAUGACUCCAUUCCUUAACAAUGUCACAUUCGCAGGUGUUGACCUGAAUGCCCUGGCGGAAGAGCGCCCGGCGAUUUGCCAGGAUAUCUUGAAAGAAUUGAUGGAGUUGUGGUCAGCAGCGAGCAUUCGUGAAGCUCGACCAACACAAUCCAUUGGCUAUGGCCAACUCAAGGAAGGAAUGCGACUGUUGCAGACUGGAAAGAGCAUCGGAAAGAUCACGCUCAUCCCAGACUCGUAUCCUGUGUCGGCUAUGCCAGCUCCUCUCUCCCCUCUCGCGCUAGAUGCCAAUGCUUCAUUCGUACUAGCCGGAGGGCUGGGCGGUAUUGGUCGCAGCAUUGCCGUGAGACUGGCUACAAUGGGCGCAAAGCAUAUUGUCUUCUUUUCCCGGUCGGCAACCGUGACUGAAGAAGGUCAAAAAACAAUCGCGCACCUCAAAUCGUUGGGCUGUGCAAGCCAUGUCUUCCAGUGUGACAUCUCGGACAACGCGCGUCUGGUUGAAGUCUUUACAGAGAUCAAACGCACUUUGCCACCGGUCAAGGGAUGUAUUCAGUGUAGUUUCGUGUUGAGGGACGGAGCUUUCCAUGACAUGACGCACCAAGAUUGGCAGACCGCACUGGCUCCCAAGGUCUCUGGAUCUUGGAACCUCCACAACCUGCUGCCAGAUGUCGACUUCUUCUUGAUGCUAAGCUCCAUUACCGGCAUCGUUGGUAACCGAAGCCAAGCCAACUACAACGCCGGUAACAAUUAUCAGGAUGCCUUGGCCCGUUAUCGUGUCUCCAAGGGAAUGAAGGGUACAAGUGUUAAUCUUGGUGCCGUUGUGGGUAUUGGUUUCAUCGCCGAGAAUUCCGAAUAUGCCGGCAAGCACACAUUCAAGGUUGCCAACCAGCAAAAUGAGGAAGAGGUGUUGACGACGGUCGAGUAUUUGAUCGAUGGUCGUUAUCACACCAACUUAACCGAAAAGACCGCGCAGCUUGUGUGCGGUCUGCGAACUCCGGCUUCCUUCAGCAUCGCCGACGAAGAAGCACCCACUCAUCUUUCGUACCCUAUGUUCUCACAGCUCCCACCAGCCAUUCCUAAGUCUGGAAUCGCGAUUGGAGCAGGAGAAGUUCAGUCAGUCACCCGUGUCCGCGACCUUCUCCAGGCGGCUGCCACACAGAAUGACGCAGCACAGAUCAUCAUCAAAGCUAUCAGACACAAGAUGGCAGACUUGUUGAAUAUUUCCGAUGAUUCGUUCGAUGAUUCGCUCAAUGCCCGCACAAACGGCGUUGAUUCGCUGAUCGAGAUGGAGUUCCGGACGUGGUUGGGCAAGGAGUUGGGCGCCACUGUCUCCUUCAAGGAUCUGGCGAAGGAUUUGACCCAGCUGAGUGCACGGAUCGCCUCAUUGAGUUCUUUCACCAACUUCGCGUGA